AUAAAAAUAUUUUUAUAAUACUUGUUAGUAGUGUUUGUAUCGCUCGUUAAGUAAGGAGUGAUAGACAGACAACUCAUUCAAAAACACGACAACACUAUAAACACAUCAAACGCUAUACACAUCAAUACGGCAACAAAAAAGCGGACAACACUGAAGUCAUAGACCCGAUUACCCCCUUUAAGUGGACGGUCAUUACGGCGACAGUACGGAAGUACUGUAAGACUCGGAACCGAUUAACCCGAUUAUGAAUCCGGAUCCCGCAAUGGCCUACGAUGGCCCCCAAUUUACCGGUCAGUUUACUACUACAGCAGCAGCCGCCGUCGGCUUAACCGACCCCAAUGGUCAUGUAUCGGCUGCGCCAUAUUACGGCGUGGCGUCCAACGAACCGCAAUCAUCAUAUGGACAACAUUUGAUUGGCACCACCGCCGCCGUCGUCAUCGGCGACGACUAUCCAAUUGCCGGCACCAGCGGUAUUGUCGAACCUUUAUCGGCGUCAGUGGCACCGGCUGGCAGUACAGCGGCACUGCCCACACCAUCCUAUGACGAUAUGUUUCCGACACUACCGGAACUGGAAUCCCGUUCGGACGGUUGCGAUCCGGGAGCCAGUAAUCCCUGGGCAAUGAAGGCCACUAUGAAAGUGAAAUCAUCGAAUAUAACUCAAGUAUUUCGUGUGGCGCCUGAAGAACGACGCUAUCGUGAACUGAAUUCAAGAUUUGGAGAACAAGCGGAACAGUCGAAGAUUUGUGCGGAUAUUAUGCAGAAAACUUCGGCACACAUCGAGAUGAGUGUCUCGAAAGACGGUACCCUAACGUUCCUGAUUACCGGCAAAGAAGAUACAGUAAUUCUGGCCAAACGUAUGAUUUCAUCGGAACUGCAAACACAAGCCCAGGCAUUUGUGGCCAUACCUAAAGAACAUCAUCGAUUUAUUUUGGGUAAAAAUGGCCAAAAGUUGGCCACUUUGGAACAGAAUACGGCUACGAAAAUAACUAUACCUCGACUGAAUGAUACAUCGGAUCAGAUUAAAGUUGUCGGCAAUAAGGAAGGCAUCGAUAAAGCCGUUCACGAAAUCCAAUUGAUUAGCAACGAAAUGGCCAGUCGUGCUAAAGAAUCGGUUCAGAUACCGAAGAUUUAUCAUCCGUUUAUUUGCGGACCGUUUAACGAUACCUUGAGUGCGAUUAUGUCCGAAACGGGAGCCAAAGUCAAUAUACCGCCACCGAGUGUUAACAAAGAAGAGAUAACAAUAACCGGCGAACGGGAGGCAGUACUACAAGCAAAAGACCGGAUUAUGAGAAUAUUCAGAGACCGGGAAAAGAAAUGUCAGACAGUGUCGAUGGAAGUCAGAAAAUCGCAGCACAAGUACAUCAUCGGACCGAAAGGUCAUACGCUGAACGAAAUAUUCCAGGAAACGGGUGUAUCGGUUGAGAUGCCGGCCAGCGAUAGCCAAUCGGAAACGAUUGUACUGCGAGGCGAACAAGAAAAACUGGGUCCAGCACUGGCCGUAUUGUAUCAGAAAGCGCACAGUGAGGUCGACGAUGAGAUACAGGUGCCCUCAUGGUAUCACAAGUACAUACUCGGACCGAAAGGAUCGAAAUUCAAUGAAAUAUCCCAAGAGUUUCCCAAAGUUAACGUAUCGUUUGUGGCCAACGACGACAAAAUCAAAAUGCACGGACCGGUUGCCGAAGUGGCCAAAGCCCGCGAAGUUAUUGGUCAAGUGAUCAAUGAAAUCAAAUCGAAGAUUAUUGUCGACGAAUUGAAGGUUGAGUCACGCUAUCAUCGAUUUAUUAUCGGUAAAAAUGGUGUCCAAAUUAAACAUAUACGCGAGGAAACUGGUGCUCAAAUACAUAUACCCAGCGAAGGUACCGAACAUGUGGCCAGCAGUGAUAUUAUACGCAUCGAAGGUUCGCCGCAGAGUGUGGCCAAAGCUCGCCAGGAAUUGGAUAUAAUUAUUAAGAAAAUGAUUGAACGAGAAAACGAAGUAUCAAAAGACCUGAUGAUUGAACAUAGAUUUCAUCGGCAAAUGAUUGGCGCCAAAGGCGAAAGUAUUCGCGAAAUUCGGGAUAAGUUUAAUCAGGUAAUGAUUAUGUUUCCCGAACCCAAUGACCGUAGCGAUAGAGUGACCAUUCGUGGCAAUCGUAAAGAUGUCGAUCUAUGCUAUAAGCAUUUGUCUCAGCUCAACAAAGAACUCCUAUCCAAUAACCAUAGAGUGGAAGUGCCUAUAUUUAAACAGUUCCAUAAAUUUAUUAUCGGCAAAGAGGGUGCCAAUAUUAAAAAGAUAAGAGAUGAAACAAAUACCCGAAUCGAUUUGCCUGCUGAAGGGGCCGACUCUGAGAUGAUUGUCAUUACUGGCCUCAAGCCGAACGUCGAAUUGGCCAAAGAGCGGAUAAUUGCCAUCCAAAAUGAAAAGGCCGACGUGGUUACCGUCGACAUCAUAGUACCGGCAAAGAUACACAACUAUAUAAUUGGCGCCAAAGGUCGCGGCAUUCGGCAGAUAUCCGAAGAAUGCGGUGGCGUUCUGAUCCGUUUUCCCGAUCAGGGCUCCGGCAGCGAUAAAGUAUCCAUCAGUGGCCCGAAAGAUUGUGUCCAAAAGGCUAAGAAAUUGUUGAUCGAUACGUCUAACGAACAACAGAUCAACAAUCAUAGCGACGAAAUCAAAAUCAAACCCGAAUUGCAUCGCUAUUUAAUUGGAAAAAAUGGUGCAAAUAUUCGAAAAGUUAGGGACAGUACUGGUGUUCGGGUAUUGUUUCCGACGGCCAAAGAAGAGUCUACUGAAGAUCGGGAUAUUGUCUAUAUUAGCGGUAAGAAAGAAGAGGUUAAGAAAGCUAAACAAAUGUUGGAAACAAUGGUCAAAGAUUUGGAAAAAGUAGUCGAAGACGAGAUGCGCGUCGAUCCGAAAUAUCACAAACAUUUUGUGGCCAAACGGGGCGAAAAACUCAAACAAAUUGGUGACGAUUUUGGUGGUGUUUUAAUCAGUUUUCCCCGAAGUGCCCAACGAGACAGCGAUCGUGUGGUAAUCAAAGGUUCCAAAGAUUGUGUCGAAGGCGCCAAACAGCGUAUUCUCGAUAUUAUUGCCGAUUUGGACGCUCAGAUCACUGUCGAAGUUGUGAUCGAAGCCAAAUAUCAUCGAACCCUAAUGGGAACUCGCGGUACACGAGUCCAGUCCAUUACACAGGAGCACGACGUGCGUAUCAAGUUUCCCGAACGCGGAACAAACGGUGUCGCCGGCGGUCCAACCGGUGAUGACGAAGUGCCUAAUGGCGAUUACAACGGUAACGCCGCUGAUAAUGUAGACCCCACGUCGUCGCCAGUCAGUCCGACUGACAAAACUAAAAAAUCGGACAUUAUUUUGGUUACCGGUCGACCGGAGAAUUGUGAGUCGGCCAAAGCGGCACUUAUGGCACUGAUACCGAUCAGUAUCGAAGUACAGGUACCGUUCGAUAUGCACCGAUUUAUCAUUGGUGCCAAAGGUGCCGAAGUUCGUAAGCUGAUGGAUGCCUACGACGUAUCGAUAUCGGUUCCACCGCCCAGUGCUGCCAGCGAUGCAAUCCGAAUAACCGGUUCAAAAGAAAACGUCAGUCGAGCUGAGAAAGCAAUUGGCGAACGCGUCCUGAAGAUCGAAGGCGAACAACAGGAACGACAGGCCAAGAGUUAUUCGGAUACGAUUCACGUGAAUCCCAUAUAUCAUCCGAAAAUUAUUGGCAAACGCGGCGCCAUUAUUACGAAAAUCAGGGAUAAGUUCAAAGUUCAGAUACAGUUUCCCGAACUAAAGCGACGAGACAGCAACAGCGGCGGUACCAACGAUGAUGAGAACAUUAAGGAUGUAAUUACUAUUAUUGGCUACGAAAACGAUGUCAACGCAGCCAAAGACGAGAUCCAAAAGAUUGUACGCGAUCUCGAAGAACUAGUUCACGAAGAGGUUUACAUUGAUAGUCGAGUUCAUCCGCGACUUAUUGGAGCCAAAGGCAAGAAUAUCAGGAAAAUUAUGGACAAGUAUAGCGUCGACAUACGAUUUCCGCGCAGCGAUGGCCACAGUCCCGAUCUGGUAGUUAUUAGCGGUUUGGCCGAAAAUGUUGACGAAUGUAGAGACGAACUGUUGAAUUUGGCCGAAGAAUAUAUUGACGAAGUGGUCGAAUUUGUAGCGCCCAGUCGUCAUACAAAUACCGAACGACACUCCAAUAAGGAUUCGGGUUUUGUAGUCAAGGGCGGCCCGUGGGAGCUGAGAGGAGGAGGCGGCGGCGGCGGCGGACAAGCCGUACCCGAUACUACUGAUGCCCAAGAAUUUCCGUCUUUCUGUAGUGAAAUGUCGGCGCCGGCGGCCACACCGGUUGACGAUAGCCCGCGCAAUACGCCGUGGGGACCGCGAUCGGGCCGACAAUAAAAAUUGACUGAAAAACAAAAAAAAUAUUAUGAAAAACACAAUUAUAAUACACUAAUAAUAAUUUUAUUUUUUAGCAUAAAUUUAGCCGAUAAUUUUUUAAUAUAUAUAGUGAUUAUUAAUUAUGACAAAAUGUGUUAUUAUCAUAUUAUUAAUUAAUUAAUUGAUUAAUUGAUUGAUUAAUUAACUAAUAUUAUUAGGAAU